AUGAUUGAUAUGGCAAGCAAGAUUAAGGGCCAUGUCGAUUUCAAUGAACCAGUUGCCAUUGACUUCUUCGGCGAUCCAAGCAAAAACGGUCCCUACCAGGACAGAAUCAGAGGGAACAUCGAAGGAGUCUCGGAUUCUGGGUGGCAAAAUGAAGACAGCCCCCAAGUUCGCAUUGCUUGUGCUGGGCGGCCCGACCCCGAUGCUAAAGGGGAUCAGUGUCUACCUGGUGUCGCCCAAGAAGAUAUCCACAAAUGUGACAGCAGGUGCUGGCGGUUCGUCAACCAGGGAGGACGCAUCUCGUACAUUCCUAGCGGAGUCGAUGCCUUCACUCAAAAACCCAAAAGAGGCGAGGUUUCUGCCAGAAUGUCGUUCUGUCCAGACUGGUUCUCAGUCCGCAAACCAUGUUUAGACAGAUUCAACCAGUGGAAGGACCUUAAACUCUCCCGGCGUGAUCUGACCAACUACGCAUGCCGAGAGCAGUCAAUGGUUCACGAGCUGUUCCAUGUUGACGCACACUGGCAGAAAGUAAGAAAGGUCCUGAAGAAGGCAUAUGGCCCGUAUUACACCAAGGUCUUUGCACGUCUCGACAAAACAUUCGAAGACGGAAAGCAGGUUGCGAAAAAUGCUGACAACCUUGCGUAUUACUUUCUCGCCCAAUGGCUGGAGCUAACGGGAGGUUAUCGGAUCGACCUGCCUGAUAUUGGCGCUGAUAAGCCAUGGGAGAGAGAUCACGACGAGUUACGCAAGCGACAAGAUCAAUUUGACGUCGAACCUCAGCCCGAUGACGGAGCCACAGAUAACAUCUGGGAUCCUUUGAAGAUUGAGAAUGGCGAGGUCACCGUGGGCGAUCUCAACGACCUCGCAUAUGUCUUCCGGGUUGGCUCCAAAGAGGAAGCGAUGCAGUUUGCCGAUGCUGAAAGCUUACCAUGCACCGACCUCAUCGACACUGGUGAAACAGAAGAGAACCUGAUCUGCAACGACGAGGACAACGCCCCUGUUGAGCUGGAUGGCUCCACUAACGUCCUGCCCAACGCUCAACCCGGGCAAGGCGGGCUUCCUGGCGGGGAUCCAAGUAGUCCAACUAGUUUCCCAACUUCACCUGGCUCGGACAAUUUACCUCAGCCGACAGCGCCGCCGCCAUCACCACCGCCGCCUCAAGAACCCGACACGAACUCACCUGCAUUCGCAGCUUGUGGGAACAAGCUCGGCGCGAGCUCCUGCCCCGGUUCAGACAAACAGUGCCUCAUUGACCAGUAUCAGAUCCAGGCACGGCACGCCAGUCAAGCAACGGGAGGCUAUCUGAACAAACCCAUAGACUUCAAAAAAACUUCAGUCUUACACCAGUCACAAGCCAGUGUCAGAACAGCUUAUGGUCUCCCUCAAGAUGCCCCCGUCGACAUGCUUAAUCUUCACGGUGCCAUCAACUCUUCUCUCCACCACGCACUGAAGUCCGACGAAAGCGUCAUCCUCUUCGGAGAAGAUGUAGCUUUUGGUGGUGUCUUCAGGUGUUCAAAAGGCCUCGCCGAUGAGUUUGGGGCAAGCCGUGUUUUCAAUACCCCAUUGACCGAGCAAGGUAUUGCCGGGUUCGCCAUUGGCUGUGCUGCCGAAGGCAUGAAACCUGUUGCCGAAAUCCAAUUUGCCGACUAUGUGUAUCCUGCGUUUGACCAGCUUGUCAAUGAGGCUGCCAAAUUCAGAUAUCGCGAAGGUGGCACCGGUGGCCACUGUGGAAAUCUUGUUGUUCGGAUGCCUUGCGGAAGUGUUGGCCAUGGUGCCCUAUACCAUUCCCAAAGUCCGGAGUCACUCUUUACCCACAUUCCAGGUCUCCGAGUCAUUAUGCCCAGGUCCCCAUCUCAAGCAAAAGGUCUUCUCACAGCCGCUAUACUCGAAUCCAAGGAUCCAGUAAUCUUCAUGGAGCCCAAGAUUCUCUACCGAACCGCGGAAGAAUUCACCCCACGAGAUUCCUACACAAUUCCCCUGGAUAAAGCUGAAGUGGUCAAAAAAGGCAAAGACUUGACAGUAAUUUCUUAUGGACAGCCAAUGUACCUAUGUGCUGCAGCCAUUGAUGCCCUCGAGAAAGAAGUCAAAGGUCUCAGCAUUGAAUUGGUCGACCUGAGAGCAAUCUAUCCCUGGGAUCGAGCUACUAUCAUGGAGAGUGUCAACAGAACAGGUCGUGCUGUGGUGGUGCAUGAAAGUAUGUUGAACGCUGGUGUGGGGGCUGAGAUUGCUGCAAGUAUUCAAGAAUCGGCCUUUCUCAGGCUAGAGGCACCUGUUGCCAGGGUCACCGGUUGGAGUACUCAUGUUGGGUUGAUCUAUGAGAAGUUCAACAUUCCGGAUGUUACAAGAAUAUACGAUGCGAUAAAACGAACACUGGAGUACUAA